GUGACUCCUCGCUUCAUUUCUUCUUGGUACAUCUUCUGGCACGUCUUCUUCAUGUGGGGAAUAGGGACUGGACUCUCUUUAGAACAUGGUGAUACUCUCCAUCUCCCAGCCGGUAGAGGGCAUCUGACACAUACUCCCAUGUCAGGUGAGGAUGUUCAGUGGAAAUCACUCUGAGCACUUCAGCUUUCCUCUCCUUACCACUGGACAACUGAGACUGUAUCUUAUUCAGUGUGGACAGUGGCACAUCCAUCCAUUUACCAAAGGCCCACCACAGUGUGUCAGGUAAUGAGUCCAGAGCUGACGUCAGGUUGGAGAGAGUGAGGCCGUUGUCUGUGAGGAUCAGAGGAACACUUUCAUACAACAUUCAUAACUGACAUGACCAGUCCA